AUGAUUACAACGGAGAUUCUUAGUGCAGUUUUCGCUGCACAAGACGGUAAUAUAAAUGCCACGCAGAUGUUAUAUAAACUGGUGGAAAAUUUGGACUCCAGUAAAGCUAACGUGGAAGAAUUGGCACAAAAGUUAACGCUGUCGUACGAAUUGUUAAUGAACCUGGUAAACCUGUCAGAAUCAGUACCAAACGAAACACUUAUCCAAUUCUUAAAAAACACAGUAGCUAACGUAACGAAAGAAAAGUACGUAGAAUGUGUAAACAUAUUGAGAUUCUACGGGUAUACCCUGCUGGUGAAGUUUGUGGAAAAUAACUGGCACCUGGCACCAGAACCACUGAAGAUGCGCUGUAAAUACGACAUCGAGUCGUUGUUCUCAUAUAAAAAGGCAGAUUCCACGCUGCUGAGCGAGUACAACUCGCUGGUGAACCAGAAGGCAUCCCAAUACAUAGCAACGAUAGCAGUGCGAGAAUGGCCGUCAGAGUGGAACGAGUUCAUCCCGUUCUGCGUCAACUCACUAAACAAGCUUUUCGGAAGCCUGGGCUCGGAGUGUAAGAACAACAAGCAGGCGCUGAACGAGAUCGCAGUGUUUUGGGGAGUGAUAAGCGAAAUAUCAAUAGAAAUCAAAGAGUGUCUGGACGAUACAAUACUGUACAAGAGAAGAAUACAGAUCUCGAACCUGCUGAAGACGUACAUCUACGACAUCUUCAUGACAAUACACAGAGUUAUCGUGCUGGGAGUAGUGAGCUCUAACGAGCAGCUAAUCUACACAAUCCUGACGAUAUUCAGGAACCUGGCGUCGAUCCUGGACGGAUUCAUCUUCAUAAGCUUCGACGUAGAUGAGUUCCUGGUGGCGCACAUGAAGAGCGUGAAGACGUCGGACAUCAUACAGACGAUAAGUAACAUAUGCCUGGAUGUGUGCCAUAAGAAGACGAAGCACAUGAGCACGACGAACGAAGUGGACCUGGGAAACGAACAGCUGUACAAGGCGAAGCUGGACAGAUUCAUAAAAAACAUGGUUAUGAUCUCAGAGUGCUUCACAGUGGACUACAGCUACAGCAGCACGCUGGAGCAGCUGCAAGUGGCGCAGGCGUUCAGAAACCUGCUGGACAAAAACAGCCUCUACCUGAUGGAAAAUGUGGCAGUGGACACGCUGAGACUGCUCUUCGACUACAUAAUCGCAAGGAUGAUCAUGCAUCCGUCAAUAGAAGUGGCGACGUGCAGCCUUAACGCGUGCUCGCUGCUGCUGAGAAGAGUGCUGGCAAUUAAGGUGAAGAAGGGAGAAGAUAUCGCACAGAGACUGCAGUGGCUAGACCACAAAAAGCUGCUGCUCUGCCUCUUCAUCAGAGGGCUGAAGCUGGGAAACCCAAUGGUAGGGCAGCAGGGGAACAUGUACGCAGGGCUGCUGAUACUGGACUCAGUGAUAGCGAACAUCACGAAAAACUUCAAGGGAGCCUACGACUGGAUCAACUCGCUCUUCAGCUACUGCGAGAUCGACGAGGAAAUCUCAGUGGGAAACCUGAAGAGCUUCGAGUCGAGGUUCGCAGCGCUGAGGUCGACGAUACUGCACUGCUGCUCGCUCCUGGCGAUCAUUAACCAGGCAUACAUGGACAGCGUGCUGCUGGUGGUGACGGAGCUGCUCUCAAGUCUGUCAGGAGACCUGUGUACAGAGUGCACAGGCUACUGCCAGAACUACAGAAGGAACGAAAAGCACCUGAGCUACGUGUGCAACAAGUACAUUUUGUUCGACGGAGUAAUGUUCAUCCUGGAGUCGGCAAUAUUCAGGCUGCGAAGCGCAACAAUAGACCUCAACGGAAGCAGCGCGAACAGCGGGUCGAAGGACGAAAAAAUGUACUGGCUGAGCGUGGAGCAGUACAAGGGACUGAUGCUGGACCUGAACACGAUGAGCGGCCCAGUGAGCAUCCAGGGACACAACGUAAACUGGAUAAGAACAGCAAUGGCGCUGAUCAUGAGUCUGCUCUCGCUGAAGCUGGGAACCUCGCACAGGUACAUGCUGGACAUAAGAAGGCUGGACGGCCUCGGAAGCCUCUCGAUACUCUUCCUGUACAACAGCCAGUUCGUGGGAAACGUGCUGGGCCUGCUGGUUAACAAGAUACUCUUCGAAAUCAACGAUAACAUAUCGAACCUGAACAAGUGCGGGCUUCAGUGCCUGGCAGUCUUCUGCAAGAACUGCAGAACCCUGCUGGGCCCGUACGUGGACCUGAUCGCCUCGAAGAUACACCAGUGCCUGGCGGUGGUGACGAACGAAAACAGCAGAGACCUGCUGCUGGAGUCCCUGAUAUCGCUGACGACGAUCAGCGAAAAUAACGCGAAGGGAAACGACCUGGUCAAGGUGAUCAUGGCGAACUACGUGAAGCAGCUGGAGCAGGUGAUGGAGUACAGCGAAAACCUGUACAAGUACCUCUUCGACAGUAACCUGGAGUCGAGCGAGGGGAACAGAAGGAACCUGCACCGCAUAGUGACAAUGUGCUACUCGAUACUGAGGAAGGUGGAAAACGUGGCGGAGCACGUAGGCCUCGCCGGGGACGAGACCGGCAGAGAGUGCGUGACGAAGCUCUUCUCGCACGUGAUGAACAUACUCUUCAGCUUCGUCAACUUCUGGAGAGUGGACUUCUUCAACAACCACAGCCUGAGGAAGGUGCUCCUGAGCCCGGGCAAGGACGAGUGGCUCUCGCUGCAGGGCUUCAACGAGGCGAUCGCGAACGAGGAUAACCUGGAGAAGAUAGUGGAGUCGGUGUUCAACAUACCCAAAAACGAGGACGUGGUCAACAUAAGGUCGGUGCGCAGGUACAACUACAUACUGAGGCAGUCGCUGCUGAAGCUGAUGGGAACGCUGAUAGUGUCGAAGGGGCAGUCAGGCGCGGCGGCGCUCUGCGCCGACAUGUUCGAGAACAACCUGGUGAACAUAGUGGACUGGGUGCCGGUCUUCCACCUCUACCAGAUCAUCAAGUACAGCCUCGUGCCCUGCGUCUACAGCCUGAAGAAGCUCGACGUUAUCAUCAACAAGCUGCAGGUGCGCAUCAACCAGGAGUGGAAGGCGCUGAACCUCUUCAAGACCUCGAACGCGGCGGCGAGCCCCGAGGCGAAGGAGGACGGAGCGACGGAGAACAAGGUGAUACACCUCUACUACCUGAAGGUCUACGCGUGCAUGGACUGCGGCGUCGAGAUCCUGAACAUGUGCACGAAGCUGAUCAACACGAAGAACUUCAAGAGCGCGCACGCGGCCGAGUCAGCAGACAUGAAGGAGGACAUGAUCAAGGACGAGAUGAUGCGGGGGGACUCGAUCGACGGAGAGCUGGACAACCACAAGGGGUGCGAAAGCGGCGCCUUCCUGAACAACGAGCAGCUGGUGCACUCGAUCCUCUCCUGCCUCUGCUCAGCACUCUCGUGGCCGCACUUCAGGACGAUCAACGAGUCGCUGCGGAUCAUGAGGAUAUACGCGCGGAUGACGCCGACGAUGAACCUGCAGCUGCACAUCAAGUUCAUCUACGAGCUGAUACUGUACCUGAGCAAGCACGUCAUAAUACCGAAAACCUUCAACCCGGUGGAAAUAAGCAGCAACAUGCUGAACAUCCCGAGCAAGAACGAGCACAACAAAAACUACUCGAAGGAGUACGUUAACACGAUAUGUACGCUGUACGAGGCGCUGGUUAAGUGCUUCCCGCAAAUAGGAAGCGUCGUGGAAAACGACGAGGUGGACAUCCAGAAGCUGCUGAAGUACCAGCAGGUGGUGGAAACACUUAAGCUGCUCACGCCGUACCUGCAGGAGCAGGACUGCAUACUGUUCAUCAAGUACGUGCUGCAGCAAAACUCGCUGAAGUCAAGGUCGCUGCUCAAGGACUCGAUUCAGGACAAACUAAAGGUGAAAAAUUAUAGUAAAUACUUGACGCAAUUUAACAAGAGUAGCCUGGAAUCAAAAUCGUCAACAGAAAUUGAAAUACACGAAGGGGAGGGAGAGUCGAUACUGGGAGAAGAUAUACUGUACCUUCUGCUGGAGUAG